AUGCUGCCGCACGGAUUCACACUCCUGCUGCCACUCAUGGCAGGCGGUGCCGCUGCCGCUAACAACAACAACACCAAUGUUGCUGGUCCUGAUGGGGUCAUGGAAUUCGACCUUGUCUUCCCGCGCAACGAGACAUAUGCGCCUACGCAGUACUUUCCUCUUGUCCUGGCUGCCCGCAAUGCCUCCGCCGCCUGGCCGAGCGGCAUGAUCCUCAGCAUGACUAUUUGGCCUGACAACGAGGAUACGCCGCCCUGGAAUAGCAGAUUCAACUUCCCUGCUAAAGGCCACACUUCCGGUGCGCCGCCCUCGGAGCCAUACUUUGCCAUCGCCGGCACCAACUUGACCAACGGCACUGACGGUGGCUUUACUGUCAUCUGGUCCGUGGUGCUGCAGGAAACGUGCAGGGAGGACGAUCCGAACACAAAAUCAUUCUCCUCGGGCGAGUACAACGUGCGCUUUACCACGAAGCUUGACGCUCCGUUGCCCGACAUUGAGGAAGCGGCGAGUGCUUGCUCAGAGAGCUCGCUUGCGCUCACCCCACGCGCUUGGCUCAGAGAGGGUGCCUGUCCUGUACUCGAUUCUGGCUCGGUGACUCCGGCGGCAGCAGAACCUUGCGGCCUGAAGCCUCUCGCGCAAGAGCUGGCUGCCAACGUAUCUACAGCCAUGUUGGAUCUAAUGAAAUGUUCCGAGGGCACUUGGCAGACCAUACAGCAGCCUUGCCCUGCCAAGGAAGAGAACAUCGCAGGAACGCCGCGGUGGGGAUGGGGUCCUGGGCUGGUAUGGGUAGCGACACUGGCCGCGGUUGCAUCUCUCCUUCUUUAG